GUUUCAGAUGCCACAUUUUACAAAUGAUCGCAAGCAACCUGACAAACACCACGCACCCAAGUAUCGUCGGUAAUGUCGUCAAACAUGUUGAGCAUGCGAUAGGAGCUGGUGUGGCGAUUCCGUCCGCGAGGUGGCUCCACCUCAAGUGAUCUGCGAGAAUCAAAAACGCGGCAAGACUACACGCCUGUAUUUCUGUAGUAUUUUUCAGUCCCAUGUUUAGGGUGAUACGUCGCAUUUUUAGCAGUAUUGUGAACUGGGAGUUUACGAAACUGGCAGUAAUGACUGAUCCUGUAUUUCCUACAACGCUGAAAGAUUUUGGAUACGCUUUUGAUGAAGGCGGGAAACUUCGAAAGCUUGAUCAAAGCACCGGCCUCACUACUGACGUUGGAUUCGAGUUUAACGUUACCGAAGACCAUGCUUACAAUCAGAAACGAUACGAAGCGCUCGGUCAGGUAAUUGAUUUGCACAUCUACGACCUCCUAGAGAAAGAAGGUCUGAAAAAAUUGUUCGUGCCGAAGGAGGCGUCGUCAAAGGCACCGGAGCUAAAGUCGUUCAUAUUCGUUAGCGAAGACGCAUUGCUGAACGACAAGCUUAUGAUAUUGAUACAUGGCAGCGGAGUUGUGAGAGCCGGUCAAUGGGCAAGGCGAUUAAUUAUAAACGACAAUCUAGAGACCGGCACGCAGUUGCCUUACAUAAGAAAAGCACGAGAGCUUGGAUACGCGGUAAUGGUUCUCAACACAAACGACAAUUUCCGUACCGUAAACGGAAAGCCGACUGAAAUACCGGGUAGCCAGGAUCCUCAUAGUCACGUCGAAACCGUCUGGAAGCAGUACAUCGAGCCCUCGAAUGCGAAGCACGUAGCAAUCGUUGCGCACAGCUACGGUGGCGUUUGCGUCGUUAAAUUGGCCGUAGACCAUGCGGAAGAAUUUCGACGCAGAGUAUUUGCCGUCGGGCUAACCGACUCUGUGCACAUGAUUACUUCAGCAAAAGACACAAAACACAUUUUGAAGGUGGCGCGAAAUUGGGUAUCCUCAGAGAAGCCCCUGGACACCCCGGAGCGAUCGCCUGACGGUGACAUCGAACGGUGUUCUGCGGGACAUGCGAUCCACGAGAUGACGUCGUACUCCUGCAUGGAGUCCCUUUUCCAAUUCGUAGAGGAGAGGUUCAACGAGGCGAGAGGAAAAUCCGAUCUCUAAACGAUUCCGAAUCUCCAGUUUUCGAUUUUGUCUUCAUAUUUUUUUUUUUUUUUACACUAUAAUGUGCGUAUUUUGUAUAGCAAUAAUCGUGAUAUCAAUUUACCCACGUGUGUGUGUGUGUGUGUGAUUUUGAUAUGCAUCCCGAUUAUACUUAUAAAUUAAUCGCUUUUCAAGAUACCUGCACAUUUGAUGUAAGCAACAGUUUUUUGAUUCUUGAACAGCGCUCUUGCAAAAUAUUUUCCUAAUUGUAUAGGUAUAAUUUUAUUAUCAUUACGCGACAUGUGUGUAUUCGACGAAACAUUUUAAAAUUUUAUCAGCAAAAAUUUUUUCAAAAGUGGCGAAAAAACGAUUACAUUCAUCCACGUGCAAGUGGAAAAUUGACAAAAAUAUUUACAUGCCGAAUAAUAGUAGAUAAAAAUGUACUCAUUUACUUGCAGAUUCCUUUUUUUUUUUUUUUAUCAUCACUACCGACAGACGAGGGGAUGCAGGGAAAUAUCAACUGUGUACCUCAAUGGUAGAACUUGGCGGACACAAAACAGUCCUGCCAUCGUGCAAGCGUCAAAGCGUAAUUUCGUUAUGGGGUUGUAAUUGUAUUACCGGCGUUCUCGGCCGGCGGCACAAAUUAUAGUGUCAAUGUAACGACAAUGGGCAUGAUGUUACACAAUAAUAAAAUGAUUGCCUUAGCCGGUGAGAAUAACCUUCCGAAAAACUGACGCACCCUGCUCGUUAUUACUUAUACGUGAAUAUACGCAUCUGCCCUGCGAGGAUUUAAUUAUCUAUGUAUAAACUAUUACGUGCAUGCAAUAUUUAUCUGUAUAUGGGAUCGAAAUUUUUCAUCAAAUCGUUUUUAAAUCAUCGGCGAUAACGAAGGAAGGAAAAUUUAUAACUGAAAUUGAAAGGAGAUAAAAUCUUUUAUCGCAUCCCGACAAAUACAGUAAUUUUCAAGAAUCGGAAUGAAAAUACAUAUCUGAUA